AUGGCUGAAGCAAUUCAGACAGGAGUUCAGGCCGGUGUACAAGCAGCCCUUGCCGCCAACGCAGCGGAAGCCGCAGCUCCACGCCAGCAACAAAACCGACGCCACAAUCCGGUAUUUGAAGACGAUGGUGAUGGGUCCGAUGAGGAUAACCCGUUCGGAGACAACCCCAACCAUCAACGCCACCAACAAGAUCGUGGUCAGCAACAGAGAAACGCCGAAAAUACUCGGUGGACGUCAGGUAUAAAACUUGAUAUUCCAGAGUAUCAUGGAAGUUCUCAGCCGGAAGAGCUUCUUGACUGGUUCGUCACAGUCGAUGAAUUUUUGGAAUUCAAAGACGUACCAACCAACAAAAAAGUUCCACUUAUAACUACUCGGUUCCGCGGUCACGCUGCAUCAUGGUGGAACCAACUCAAGCUCUCUCACAAGGAUCACGCUCAAUCGAGGAGUACUCUAAUGAGUUUUUAUCAGAUGCUCACCCGAGUAGAUAUUAACGACUCGGAGGAUCAACUAGUAGCCUCUUUAUUGCAGGACUACGACCUCAACUACAGAAUGCUUCACCAGUUUGACCCGAGAUCUGUCUCUGAAGCACGUCAACGAGCCGUCUUAGUGGAACAACAAAACCGCCUCAGAAACAAUCAAUGGGCCGGUAAUACAAAAGCUCGCAACACAACAUCCUCGACAGAGGAGUCUAAAGCUUCUACGGGACGCGAUACAACAACGGGACCUCGGGCAAAUCCCCGUUCAACAGAACCCGCAACUGAUGCCGUCAAACCACGCCCAUCUCGUCCCAACGCUCUCCGGUGUUUCACAUGCGGCAACGAGGACAUAUCCAGACGGCGUGCCUAA